AUGCCGCCAAAGAAGAAAAAGGGGAAGGGGAAGAAAAAGAAGAAGAAGGAUGGUAUGGCUGGGUUGAUCGUUUUCUCGUUAGUUUUUGUCAAGAAUGUUUUUGACGUGCAAGGAAACUUUGAGUUGUUUUGUUUGUUGUUUCUGUGCAGAAAAAACUGAAUUGACGAUCGAAGAUAAGUACAAAAGAACUAUGCAGGAAAUAGAAGUCCUUAAGGACGAGCUGGGUAGGUUUUUUAAAAUUAAGAUCUUCUAAUCAUUCUUGCCUUUCAUUCAUGUAAUUUUAUAACUUAUGAAAAGCUGCAGAUUGAUCGAAGUUUGUUAUGUUACACUUGUAAAACGUCUUGCAGCUGCAAGAACGGAGAUCGCACGAAGGUCUAAAGACACCGCAGAUCGCAUGAAGGAAAGGAUGAGGGAGGCUAAGGACGAAGUAGAGACAGAACAGCAAAACAAGUUGGACAUUUCUUCAGGCAUGUUUGCUAUGUUCCUUCUUUCAUAUGAUAUAUUUUUCUUCAUUAUUAAUAACGUUCAUUUUGUUAUUGUCUUAUCGGCAAGUGCAAUAUUCAUUAAGACUGAUAAUCUGAAAUACCAGCCUUCUCCAUCCUUGAUAGUCUCUCUCUCCCAUGCCCCUCCCCCCUCCUAGGGCUUUGGGGUGGAGAUGGCUAACAUUUCAGACUAAAUGAUGAGGCCUUCUUAAAUAGGUGGGCAGGGAGUGGGGAGCUUCAUAUGUCCCCCGUCUUAAUGUAAAAUAUGGUUGUUUUGUGUUUUUAGGAGCAGGCCAUGCCCCUGUCGGUAUUCAACCCAUUUUUAUGCUUUUUGUCACCAUUUCAUCUAGUCUUAUGACUAUUUCAAGGCCAUGAGGCUUGUCAGAAUUUUACCCUUACAUGUCCUCAGUCAUUGGUUGCUCAUAAUUUCACUGGGGUGGGGCUACAUCCAUCAGUGAGGGGAGCUGUGAAGUAAAGUGAGGUGAAAUGUAUGCUUCUACAGCUUCUCCGCUCAUUUGCGGGCUCACCAGACAAAACUUUCAGCUAAAAUAUGGUGUUCGUUUACUGAUGUACUGAUGUACACUGUAUCUGUAUACAAUACAGAUCUUACUCGUCAAUACAAAACAAUGCAGUCAGAGAUGGCAUUAAGGAUUCACAUGUUGGAACAGACAGUCAAUAAACUCCGAGAGCAACUUGGUAGGUGUUUAUCAAUACUUGGGACUUAAUGACCGGCUUUUACAUUGGAAAAAUUACCUUGUAAUUGAGAUGAAAAUGCAGUUUACCUGUGAUAUUUAUGCACAAACACUCUUGAGUGUAUGGGAGGCGUAUAUUGUAGGAAAAGGGAUAUUAACUAAGGUACAGGAAUGUGGGUUCAAUGAAGUGCAAUCUAUGAAGAUGGUAUGUAUGAGAAUGUCAUUUCAGUAACCAAGAUCUCACUUUUUCUUUCAGUACAGCUCAAAUUGAAGGGGUGUGUUUAGCAGUAGCUUCUAAGUGACUCCUUAUCUUAUAUCAAUUUGUCGGUUUGUUUCAUAGCAAAUAAUACAAGGCCAUGUGGACAAAAUCUAUUAAUUUUCAAUAGCAGAGGACCUUGAGACACUAAGGGCACGCUUUUGUACUGUAAACAAAAGUUUAAAUUAACAACAGGUGUAAUUUUUCAUGUGUACAAAAAUUACAAUAAUUUUUCUUCAUUUUAAAAAUAAAACCCAGCUUCAACAGAAGAGGAACUUAGAAAGACUAGAAAGGAAAGAGAUGACAUGAGGAAAGAAAAAGAUGAUAUAAUAGCAGAACUACAGUUUAAAAUAGAUCACAUGGAAUCAGCAUAUGAAAGUGUGCUUCAUGUGAGUAUACAGCUGUACAUGUGCAUAUUAUGAUAGGUGGAGUUCCUAAAAAAUAGCCCUUACGUGUGUUUACGUCAAAUGAGCAAAUUUCACCACCAAGCCUUGUUUUGAAAUUGUUAAGUUGUGAAGUUUUGCAUAAAAGAAUCCCUGAGGUAGUAAAUUUGAAAAGAAUACCCACACACAAAGAGUGCAAGCGCAGAAAAUUUUCCUUGCAAAUGAGGCUUGGUGUUGAAAUUUGCUUGUCUGACGUAAUCAUGCAUAAAGGGCAUGAGCCUGGUCUUAAUAGGAUGAGGCCUAGUAUGACAAAAAGAUUCUUUGCACCAGUUGCGGUUAGCCUGCAGUUCCAGGCUCUCAGAUAGUCAGGUCCACAAAAUUGAAGAAGGACAAACACAAAAAUAAAAAGAGAGGAAACUUUGAUCACAUGCUCAUAUUUUCACAUGCCUUUCACUCACAUGUCAUCCCUUCUAUCUGAGAGCCUGCCAAACAAGCUACGUUACAGUUUACUGUAAUAUAAGGUAUUAUUAAUAAUAAUAAGACCCUAAUGCAAUGUACCUCUGUUAUGAACACAUUUUCCCACUUCCUGGGCCCUCUAAAUUCUCUAAUUUAAUGACCCUCUCGUGGCUUUGAAUGCAUGACUUAAAUGGCAAAAGAUGCUUGCUCAGCUUUAGCAGACACUUACCCCUCCUACCCAAAAGAUCGUACUAUCACUAUUGUCAUGGAUCUGACAAUCUAACUGGUGUUUGAGUUCCAAACAUUUGUAGAAGGUGAAACUUUUGUGACUAGUUUUUUUUUCCUCUUAGGAUGCUUUUGACAGAAUGGCACAGAAGGUUGAGGAUGCCAGAACAAGAUGGGAGACAGAGUCAUCUGAGAUUCAAGAGAGAAACAAACAGCUUCUGCUGGAGUUUGGCUUGAAUCCACUAGAAAUCUAG